GAGGGUUGGGUUACACACCUCAGACAUCAGAAACCUUCCGAGAUAACAAGAGAAGCUCACUGCUCCUUCCUGGCAAGCAGAGCCCGACGAAUCAAGGAGGAAAGCUCGCCCCGCCUCUCAUCAUGAGCUGUAAAUUGGUUGUUACUGCCCUGGCUCUUUUCCUAAUCUACGCAGCGGUGUCAGAAGGGAUGAGUCUGGCAAGGAUGGGGAAUGAGCUCCGAUGCCAGUGCAUCGGCACGCAUUCCAAGUUCAUCCCUCCCAGGAACAUUCGGGACGUGAAGCUGACCCCGAGCGGACCUCACUGCCAGAACGUUGAAAUCAUCGCUACUCUUAAGGACGGCAGAGAAGUGUGUUUAGAACCCACUGCUCUAUGGGUGAAGAUCAUCAUUAAAGCAAUUUUGGACAAAGCUGAAGAAAAUGGUGAGGUAAAACGCUAAGAGAAGCCAAAGAAGAAAAAUCCCC